UGAUGACGUUCUUCCUGCUUCACCGUAACAACACGUGUGUGGUGUGCAGUGUCGAGCUGCAGGGAAUAACAGCAACUAAACAUCAGCUUUCACACACCGUCGUGUUGUCUUUUCACUUUUUGUUCGGGGAAGGCUCUGCCGAGUAAACCGCCAACAUGGUGAAGCCACAAUUCAAGGGGAAAAGUUCGAUAAACAAGUCGUCGUCCAGCAGCAACCCUGAUCGAGUCAAGGGGGCUGGAGGCAACAACAUGAGGGACCGAGCCACUAUCAAACGCCUGAAUAUGUACAGACAGAAGAAGAGAUGUAACGACCGUGGACAAGUCGUCAGACCUCUAUCGUUCCAGUCCACAGUGGCUCCAGGGACUGUAGCCAGAGUGGAACCCAACAUCAAAUGGUUUACAAAUACCCGUGUGAUCAAGCAGUCAUCCCUCCAGAAGUUCCAAGAAGAGAUGGGAGCAAUACAGAAGGAUCCAUACCGUGUUGUGAUGAGACAGAGCAAACUCCCCAUGUCCCUCUUGCAUGAUAGAGUCAAAGCCCAUAACUCCAAGGUGCACAUUCUAGACACGGAGGGUUUUGAGACCACAUUUGGGCCCAAGGCUCAGAGGAAGAGGCCCAGUCUGAUGGUGGGGGAUAUGAAGGAUCUCCUAGAAAAGGCCGAGUCCUCAGGCCUGACCUACAGUGCAGACAAGGACACAGACCUGGUGACUGAGGACACAGGGAUCCGGGAGGAAGUACGUGAGGAAAUCUUCAAAAAGGGUCAGUCCAAGAGGAUCUGGGGAGAACUUUAUAAGGUAAUCGACUCUUCUGAUGUUGUCAUCCAAGUGCUGGACGCCAGAGAUCCCAUGGGAACACGCUCUAAAAGCAUCGAGAAUUACAUGAAGAAAGAGAAGUCCUGGAAACAUCUGAUCUUUGUUCUAAACAAGUGUGACCUCAUCCCUACCUGGGUCACGAAACGGUGGGUGGCUCUGUUAUCCCAAGAGCACCCCACUCUGGCUUUCCAUGCUAGCCUCACCAACUCGUUUGGUAAGGGCUCCCUGAUCCAGCUGCUCCGGCAGUUUGGCAAGCUCCACACUGACAAGAAACAGAUUAGCGUGGGUUUCAUUGGCUACCCAAAUGUGGGAAAGAGCUCGGUCAUCAACACUCUGCGGUCUAAGAAAGUCUGCAAUGUGGCACCCCUCGCUGGAGAAACCAAGGUGUGGCAGUACAUCACUUUGAUGAGGCGCAUCUUCCUCAUUGACUGUCCUGGUGUCGUCUAUCCUUCAGAAGACAGUGAAUCUGAUAUCGUCCUGAAGGGAGUUGUUCAAGUUGAGAAGAUCAAGAACCCAGAGGAGCACAUUGCGGCAGUAUUGGAGCGGGCUAAGCCAGAAUACAUCCAGAAGACGUACCGCAUCCCCACCUGGACCUCUGCGGAAGACUUCCUGGAGAAGCUGGCAUUCCGCUGCGGGAAACUUAAGAAGGGCGGUGAGCCAGAUCUCUCCACAGUCUCCAAAAUGGUGUUGAAUGAUUGGCAGAGAGGACGUAUCCCCUUCUUUGUAAAACCCCCCGGUGUUGAGGCGGAACAAGAGGGCAAGGCACCAUUGCCAGUUGAAGGACCUGCAGAGGCAGUAGAGGAUGUGCAGAAGGAACAGACAGACAAUCCUGCUGCCGUCUCAGAGGAACAGGACGAAAAGCAGCAGAGACAGAAGGAGCAGGUCCAGAAGAUCCUCUCUAAUGUUCGACAGAACUUCGGGAAGAUCAAUGUGGCGCCCGAGUUCACUGACGAAGACAUGGUCCCUGUGGAAAUGCCUGACCUGGGACUGUCUGACCUCUCAGGCUCAGAAGGGGAAGAAGAAGAGGAGGAUGAGGAGGAAGGGGAAGAGAUAGACCAAGACCCAACCAAUGUGGAACCAGCCGAUGGUGAGACUGUGGACCCAGAGCCCACAACCGCUCAGACAGACGCAAAGAAGAAUCCACGUGAAGUGAUCCGUCAGCUGGACGAGAAGAUCUCCAAGUACAAGCAUUUCCUGGACAGGGCCCAAUCCAAACGCUUCUCAGCAAUCCGGAUACCCAAGGCACUUUCCGACAAAGCAUUCACAGACAUCAAGGCACAACAAGCUGCAGCAAAGCAUGCACAGAUUAAAGCUGUAAUCCAGAGAAGCAAGAAGAGGAGAGCUGAGGAGGAAGAGGCGUCUACCCGAACCCAAACCCAAAAACUGACGUCUAAACAGAGAAGAGCGAUUGACCGUGCUCAGAAGGGGAAGAAAAUUGGCGUGCGCUAUUACGAAACACACAAUGUGAAAAACAAGAACAAGGACAGAAAGGCUCCAGCGUCUGCCACAGAAGGCCAAAAGGGCAAAAGAAGAAAGCACUAGACUGGCGUCGUGAAAAACACAUUUGUAAUGAAUCUUUAUUUAAACUAGCCAAAAGACAAGUUUUUUUUAAAGUAUGGAUUUGACAGAAGGUGGAAUGCUAACUUAGCAUUAAAUGGUCUUUAUCAACUGGUCACCUUUUGAACCUUCUUUUCCCCUUCAGUCUAGAACUGUUUUUGAAUGACAUUUCAUUCAUCAUUUACAGGUGUAUGCUCUCUUGAUGUUCAAGAGAGCUGUACAGUCAUUGUUUGAACUGUACUUGUCAUGUCGUGCUGUAAUAAAAAUGUUCUUAUUACACUCA